AACAGGAUCUUUGGUGUCGAGCGCAGCGUGCGUGUCAGUCGCUUCAAUGCCCGAAACGAGGCUGACCACUGUCAAGACUGAUGGAUGCAUCAGAUGUGACAGUCUGGCUGUAUGUGUUGCCAUCCUUGCUGUACCAUUAUGAGUGGAACACUAGAUAACCUGAGCUACAAACAGCAAGAAAAACUUACCAAGUUUAGAAUCAACGUUGCAGAUGUUCUUGAAGACCAUCAUGAUGAUCAUGUGUUACUACGAUUCCUUAGAGCAAGGAAGUUCGACCUGACAUCCAGUGAGACCCUUUUUAGGAAGGAUGUGAAAUGGAAGAAGGAGAUGCAGACAUCAGCAUUAUCAAGGGAUGAUAUCCCUGAGAUUUUGAAGAAGUACUGGCCAGGUGGAACAUGUGGAUUUGAUAAGGAAGGUAGUCCAGUCUGGAUAGAUGCUAUAGGUAGAAGUGAUUUUAAAGGGUUGCUAUAUUCAGCCAAAACAAGUGACAUUAUCAAACACAAUAUUGUCAUCGCUGAAAGUCUGUAUAAAUUAAUGGAGCAACAGACACUCAAGCUUGGUAGACAUGUUGAAGGCGUUGCUUACAUUGCAGACAUGGAGAAGUUUGGAUUACAUCAUCUAUGGAAGCCAGCAGUUGAUGUAUUCAAUCAGAAUGCGUCAGUUUUUGAACAGCAUUAUCCUGAGACAUUAAAGAGGGUUUUUGUUAUCAAUGCACCAAAGAUUUUUCCUCUAGCCUACUCCCUUGUCAAGCCAUUCCUUCAGGAAAAUACAAGGAAGAAAGUGAAUAUCCUAGGAAGUAACUGGAAGGCCGUACUGCUGCAAUACAUAGAUGCUGAGAAUUUACCAAUGUAUUGGGGAGGCACAGCAACAGGGCCAGAUGGUGAUCCACAUUGUACACAUCAGAUAGUGGUAGGUGGUAAAGUUCCUGAGAGUUAUUACAUUAAAGACAGAGUGGUAUCAAGUCAGGACUUGACCAGAUAUGAUCUGUCAAGAGGUAGCUGUCUAGAGCUCAAGUAUGAUGUUGGCAAGCCUGGUAGCAUUUUAAGAUAUGAAUUUAAGACAGAAAGUCACGACCUUGCUUUUGGCAUCAGACGAAUCGCUGAGGAUGGUGGCAAAGUAGAUGUCUUGAAAAAGCAGCGAUAUAACUGCCACCUGGUGCCAGAAGAUGGGGAGAUAAGCUUACAAGAACCAGGAAGAUAUGUGGUCAGGUUUGACAAUAGCUACAGUUGGAUCAAAGCAAAAACUCUGCUGUACUUGGUAGAGCUCCUAGAACCAGUUGAUGAGACACAGGAAGAUGAAGCUGAAUUUGUGCAAGAGGAGUGA